AUGGUCAAAGAGUCGGAUCCUUCGACGAAUGAAAGAGAAUUGAUUCUAUCAGGAAUAAAGGAAAGCAUCCGCCUUGAUGGACGUGGAAUGGACGAUUUUAGGCCAUUAAAGAUUACUCUUGGACCAGAAUAUGGACGUUCAGAAGUUAAACUUGGUGCCACAAAAGUACUAGCUAAAGUUUCGUGUGAAGUCACUCGUCCAUUUCCUGACCGUCCAACUGAAGGAAUUCUGACUUUGAAUACAGAAUUGUCACCAAUGGCAUUCGCAGGUCUUGAAUCGGGAAGACCUUCGGAGGAAGAAGUUCUUGUGAGUAGAAUUCUCGAAAAGGCAAUAAGAAUAAAUCGCGCAGUUGAUGUUGAGGGAUUAUGCAUCGUUGCUAAUGAACUAGCAUGGUCGAUUCAUGUUGAUGUGCAUUUUCUUGAUAAUGAUGGAAAUAUAAUUGACGCUGCAUGCAUCGCUGCAAUAUCAGCGCUCUCUCAUUUUCGGAGGCCUGAUGUCACAGUUAUUGGGGAAGAUGUCACAAUACAUCCGGUUGAUCAAAGAAACCCGGUCCCAUUGAGUAUUCAUCAUACGCCAAUUUGUGUUACUUUUGCAUUUUUUGAAAAUGGUGAUUUGUGGGUGGUUGAUCCUUCCUUGAAAGAAGAGCAAAUUCGUAGAGGCGACAUGACAAUAGCAAUAAACAAUCAUAAAGAAAUUUGUGUUUUAUCAAAGGCUGGAGGAAUACCCCUCGAAAUGAGCACUAUCAUACAAUGUUCUAAGCUUGCGGCUAGUAAAGUAGAAUGGGUUAGAGAAAAAAUUCAAUCAGCAAUAGUCAAAGCUGCCGAAGCGGAAAAACG